GCUCUUUUUCUCCCGUCCCCUCCUCCCUCCUCCUAGUGCGACGGGGCCUACGUAACGCUCGCUUCUUUGCCUCCUCGUUCCCUUCUCCUCCUCAUCUCCCCCCAUCUCGUCGUCCUCAUCAACAACAUCGAGGAGAAAACUCGCAAAGAUUGCGGGGUUUGGGAGGCGCUGAUUUUUUGGCUUUGGUGUGGCGAUCCUGUGGAGUGUGGUUUGGUUUGGGAGGAGUUCGGUUUUUUCAGAAUGGAGAUGGCCUGUUUGCCGGGAAACGCCAUGGCAACCGACGAAAACGGUGCCGACGAUCGCGCCGGCGGCGAGAGCACCGUGGAUCAUCUCAGGAGCCAUAUGAACUACGGCGACAUGGAUUUGUCAGGGGAAGAGCACGUGCCAAAGGCGCGAAAGCCGUACACGAUCACGAAGCAGCGCGAGAAGUGGACGGACGAGGAGCACAGGCUGUUCUUGGAAGCCCUGCAGCUGCACGGCCGCGCAUGGCGCCGUAUACAAGGUAUGUCUCAUCGAACAGAUCGAAUUUUCAUGGCGAUCGAUCGCAAUUGUCCGUAUUCGCCUGUGUGCCGUAACGUUUGUGUUCGUCUGUGUGUGGAUGCAGAGCACAUAGGUACCAAGACUGCCGUGCAAAUCCGUAGCCACGCGCAGAAGUUCUUCUCUAAGGUCGUCAGAGAAUCUUCGGGGAGUAACACCGGCUCGGGCGGCGCGUCCGCCGCGGCGGCGGCGGCGGCCAUCCAGAUCCCUCCGCCGCGGCCGAAGAGGAAGCCGGCGCACCCGUACCCGCGCAAGGUGGACGGCGCGGCCAAGAAGCACGUCCCGGCGCUCAGGCAGCUGGAGAAGCCGCCGUUGUGGAUGCAGUCCCUGUCCGAGCAGGAGGAGGGCUCGCCGACGUCGGUGCUGACGGCGGCGCAGAUAGGCACCGAGGCCCUGGGCGGUGGGUUCUCGAAUAACUCGAGCGGCAGCGGGUCGCUGGCUCCGUCAGCCGCCGGUACGGAUGAGCAUGUCGACGGUGGCGGCUCGCCGGCGUCGUCGGUGGACAGAGAGGACGGGUGCCUCUCACCGAGCAUCCCGACUGCUGAGUUGGCUAUGCAGGCGCCAAAUACUAAGAUGUCAAUUGCAACCACGGAUGCCAAAGAAGCAUCCUCAGAAGCAUCAGUCUUCAGGCUAUUCGGAAAGAGCGUAGUGGUUAAGGAUUCAGACCAGCUGCACCUGCUUAAUGGCAGUAACAUUGCAACGAGUGGUUCAGUUGAGAGAGCAACCAGAAACAUACUAGUACCUUCUUUUGCUGCUGCCCCAGAAGGGAGCUCGUCGAAUCCAUGGCCGAGCAGCAUGCAACAGUUUCUCUACUUCCUUCCUCGAUCGGAUGGUUUCGCCGCGCAACCUGUCAUGCCAUGGUUGAGCUACAACGGGAGCCUUCCAUGCGCGCUGUUCUACCCGGCGGCGGCGGCGGCUGCGAACCAGCAGUGCCACCGUGAUUCAGAGGGCGUAGAGUUCAGAGUCUCGCAGAGGGAAGGAUCGCUGACGGGCUCGAACACGGCCUCCAGCGUCGUGCUUGGAUCGUCGGCGGCGGUACCGGCGGCGGCGGCGGCGGCUCAGAAUUCGGACGUCGCGGAGUCCCGUGGCCAAGGGAACAGCAGGGAGGCGGCGGCCUCGCCACGGCUGACCAAGUGCGAGAGCUCGGCGUCCGUCACCCUGCUGCAGAGGGGCUUCAUGCCGUACAAGAGGUGCGCGGCGGAGAGCGAGCUGCUGCGAUCGGAGGCCGCCGGAGGAGAGGAGGCCGUCGCCGACGGUGAGCUGACAAGGCUGUGCUUGUGACAACUGACUCGUCGCACGGACACGUCACGCCACAGUACUACUAUUCGUAGGUGACAAAUAACAAAUCUGACAUGAGAUUAAGGCGGGAAGAAGAGGCAUGUCCUGCUGUUAGGAUGUUGCUCGAGACCACUUUAGUUUUCCAGAAAAUGGAAGAGCAAUUCUGGUUUUUACUCGUCGAUAUAGUAUUGUAUAAUCUGUAAGAUAACAACUUUUGUACUUUUUUUUUUACUUUGCCUGUAAUUUUAUCCCCAACUCGAAUACGUUCAGAGUUGAGUGGCUGUCAAUGUUGCCUUUUAUCAACCUGAAUCUCGGACAGGGGUUGCCAUAGGCUAACUACAUGUAAUCUAGGCUUGUAUCUCUCCACAAAAUGCAAUGGAAAGACGAGGAAAUGUUGGAUGCAA